CUAACCAUGUCUCUCAAGGUCGUCGUCCUCGCCUGCGUGGCUGCCGUUGCUCUGUGCGACAAGGCCCCAGUCUACGCCCCUCCUCCUCCCGCCUACGCCCCUGCACCUUACCACGCUCCCGAACCAGCCUACCACGCCCCUGCACACUACGAGCCUGAAUACCCUGAUGUGCCCCCGAAGUACAACUACAACUACGGCGUUGCCGACGGCUACUCCGGCGCCAACUUCGGCCACACUGAGUCCCGCGACGGCUACAAGACCGAAGGCAGCUACACCGUCGACCUUCCCGACGGCCGCAAGCAGAUUGUCACAUAUGUGGACAACGGCGACGGUCUGAUUGCUGAGGUCACCUACGAGGGCGAGGCUCAGUACCCCGAGCACACUCCCGCCUACAAGCCCGCUCCCCCCGCCUACGGCCCCCCUCCCCCCACCUAUGCUUAAGCUGUCUUAGAGUGUCAGAGAUAUAGUCAUCAAGCUGUAUUUAUUUUUUA